AUGAUCACUACGUACAUGAUACUCGAUGGAGUUGGUAGAGAUGUUUGUGCUCACCUGUUUGUAGUUACUGAGGGUCGAGUAUCAGCUCCUGGCAGCUACCUGACAGUGGCCAGGGUCACUCUUACUCUCGUGGGCACUUGCCGUACCUCGUCUCAAAGCUGUGUAUGGUAUAAGAGUGGAAGAUGCCCCACCAGGGUACUAGAGGAGGCACUGUGCCCAGAGGACGUGAGGGAUCAGUGCCAGAGUGACCAGGAUUGUGCUGGCACUGCCAAGUGCUGUUCCACAGGCUGUGCCAAAGUCUGCAUCCGUUCAGUCAAGUCCACUUGUGAACUGAUGCGUGAGAAUACUCUGCGUCGCGCACGUGACCUGGGCGUUGAUGCCAACGAUGUUGUGACCCCAGACUGUGACCUUGGGGGAGGCUUCGCUCCCAUCCAGUGUGACGGUGUCUGGUGCUUCUGUGUGGACGAGCGAACUGGCUACGAACUGCCAGGGACCCGUGCGAGGAGCAUCGAACUGGUCAAUUGCUCAGGUGAGUUUGGUAACCACGAGCAGCGAGAGCGGUAAAGAGUUUUUAUGUGG